UAAUUACUUUAAUUUCCAUUUUAAGUCUCUUCUUCUUCUCUACCUUCUUCCUCUUUGUAGAUCAAAGAGAGAGCGUUUGUUGAGAAGAUCCUAGAAGGUGAAUAUCAAUCAGAACAUGGCGAAAGAAGACAACCACGAAGCUCAACGAUGCGAGUGCGAGGAUCAUGAGGAAUCGAGUCCUCUCUUGCAAGUGAACGAAAGCAAGAUCUGCUCAAAAGGGGACACCAAGACGGCGGAGGAAUACGGCUGGACGGCGGAUGGAUUGCCGGUGAGCCAAGGGAGCGUGAUCGGCGAGCCGAUCGGGAGAAACCAAUGGAGUUCCGGUCUUUUUUCCUGUCUCGGCCGAAACGAUGAGUUAUGCAGCAGCGAUCUCGAAGUUUGUCUCCUUGGAAGUGUGGCUCCAUGUGUGUUGUAUGGAAGCAAUGCAGAGAGGCUUGGGUCUGCUCCUGGAACGUUUUCGAAUCACUGCUUGACGUAUUUAGGGUUGUACUUUGUCGGCAACUCUCUGUUUGGAUGGAACUGCCUUGCUCCAUGGUUCUCUUACUCUAGCCGCUCUGCCAUUCGCCGAAGGUUUAACCUUGAGGGAAGCUUUGAGGCGAUGGACAGGUCAUGUGGUUGCUGCGGUAGCUGCAUAGAGGAUGAGAUGCAAAGGGAACAUAUGGAGACGACUUGUGACUUCGUGACGCAUGUUCUUUGCCAUACGUGUGCACUUUGCCAAGAAGGCCGUGAGAUCCGCAGGAAGGUUCUUCACCCGGGUUUCAAUGCUCAGUCCACUGUGGUUGUGCUUCCACCAAGUGAACAAACCAUGGGACGUAAGUAAGUGAAAAGCUUGCGUUGAGUCAUGUGUCCUAAAUAACAAUUGUAAUACACAAGGUGAACUAUGAUGUUGUCUCUUGCUUGCUUUUGUCGCCGGUUCUUUUCUCUUUUUUUUGGUCUUUCUUCAAUGCAUGCAAACAUAUGUAUAUCUUUAUUGUUACGUACUUGGUUUUGGAUAUGGUCUUGUAAUAUUCAAUAAAGUUUCACAACUUUUAACUCUA